GGAGGCUGGUCUCCCGAGAUUUCAGACCGACAGCCUUGGCUCCAGGUGGAUCUCGGGGAGCGGAUGGAAGUGACGGCUGUGGCCACACAAGGGCGUUUCAACAGCCAGGACUGGGUCAGCAGUUACCUGCUAUUCUACAGUGACACAGGCCGGGCCUGGAAACAGCACAGACAGGAGGAUGGAGGAGGGAGGUUUGUGGGUAAUGUGAAUUCAGAGGCUGUCGUCCACAACAAGCUGUCCCACUCAGUGAGAACCCGUUUCCUGCGUUUCGUCCCUUUGGACUGGAGCCGCAGUGGCUGGCUGGGCCUCAGGGUGGAAGUGUAUGGCUGCUCCUUCAAAUCAGAUGUGGUGAGCUUUGAUGGCGGAAGCUCUUUGCUGUACCGAUUCAACCAAAAGUCCAUGUCAACAGUGAAGGACGUGAUCUCACUGCGCUUCAAGAGUCGUCAAGCUGAGGGGGUUUUACUGCAUGGGGAGGGACAGAGGGGAGAUUACAUAACCCUGGAGCUCCACGAAGGAAAACUGGAUCUCCAUCUCAACCUAGAUGAUAGCAGGCUGAGGUUGAGCAGCAGUCCUGUUGCUGUCACUGUGGGCAGUCUGCUGGAUGACCAGCACUGGCACUCGGUCCUCAUCGAACGCUUCAACAGGCAGGUUAACCUCACAGUGGACUCCCAUACACAACACUUUCAAACCAAAGGAGAAGGACUCUCACUGGAUGUGGACUAUGAGCUGAGCUUUGGAGGUAUCCCCCUGCCUGGUAAACCUGGUACUUUCCUCAGGAAGAACUUCCAGGGCUGCAUGGAAAACCUCUACUACAAUGGCAUCAACAUCAUAGACCUGGCAAAGAGACGCAAGCCACAGAUACACAGUGUGGGCAAUGUGACCUUCUCAUGCUCACAGCCCCAGCUGGGGGCCUGCACCUUCCUGAGCUCAAGCAGUAGCUUCCUGUUGCUGCCAGGUGCAGCAAACACCACAGGGGGUUUCUCUGUUCAGUUCCAGUUCAGGACAUGGAACCAGGAUGGGCUGCUGUUCUCUGUACAGCUAAACUCUGAGCCCCAGAGACUGGAGCUGCAGAUCACCAAGAGUCGGCUGCUCCUGACCCUCAAUAGCCCAGGACAGAGAAAAUCCAAGCUUUCUGUCGGUGACAGAGUCAAUGAUGGGCUGUGGCAUUCAGUGAGUGUUGAUACAAGACAACUGCAGAUCACUUUGACUGUGGAUAAUGAGCCAGCCUCCACAACUCCACUGUGGGAACAACUGGAAUCAAGAGGCAACUUUUACUUUGGAGGUUGUUCCUCCACCGACUGUCUAACUUCAGCUCCAGUCUUCCAGGGCUGCAUACAGCUCAUUUUCAUCAACAGCCAGCCAGUGGACCUCAACCAUGUACAGCAAGGCAUACUGGGAAACUAUAAUGAGCUUCAAUUUGACAUGUGCAAUAUAAGAGACAGAUGCCUUCCUAACCUGUGUGAACACGGAGGCCACUGCUCUCAGAACUGGAGCUCUUUCUCUUGUGACUGUUCAGGAACAGGAUACUCUGGAGCCACUUGUCACAGCUCCCUCUAUGAGGCAUCCUGUGAGGCCUACAGGCUGACUGGCAGCUCCUCAGGCUUCUACUCCAUUGAUCCAGAUGGGAGUGGUCCCAUGGGGUCCACAUUGGUCUACUGCAAUAUGACAGAGGAGAAAGUGUGGACAGUGUUGAGCCACAACAACACAGCCCCAGUCAGAGUCCAGGGCUCCUCUCUGCACAAACCUCACAUCAUGAAGUUCAACUACAGCGCCUCAGCUGAACAAAUACAGGCCAUCAUAACUCGGUCAGAGCACUGCCAACAGGAAGUGGUUUACAACUGCAGGAAGUCCCGCCUCUUCAAUACAAAAGAUGGCAGCCCUCUGUCCUGGUGGCUGGACCAGGGAGAAGAGAAACAGAGCUACUGGGGGGGCUUUUUGCCCGCAGCCCAGCAGUGUUCCUGCAGCCUGGAAGGCAACUGCAAGGACAGGGACAACUUCUGCAACUGUGAUGCUGACUCUGACACAUGGGCUAAUGACUCAGGGAUCCUCUCCUUUAAAGACCACCUGCCAGUGAGCCAGAUAGUGAUUGGUGACACCAGCAGAACAGGCUCAGAGGUUAUCUACCACAUCGGGCCACUGCGUUGCUAUGGUGACAAAUCUAUAUGGAAUGCAGCCUCUUUCCAUGAGGAAUCCUCCUCCCUCCUCUUCCCCAGCCUGCAGGCGGAGCUCAGCUUCGACAUCUCCUUCUACUUCAAGACCAGCGCUCCUUCAGGAGUCUUCCUGGAGAACCUGAGCAUCAAAGACUUCAUCAGAGUGGAGCUUAGCUCUCCCUCAGUGGUGACUUUCUCCUUUGACGUGGGAAAUGGCCCAGCUGUUCUGUCUGUGAAGUCUCACCCCCCUCUGAAUGACAGGCAGUGGCACUACGUGAGGGUAGAACGUAACGUGAAGGAGGCGUCACUGCAGGUCGACCAGCUCCCACUCCGCUUCCUGGAGGCUCCGGCCAACGGACACCGCCACUUGCAGCUCAGCAGCCAGCUGUUUGUUGGCUGUCUUUAUUUCAGGGGCACAGUGUCCCAGCAGAGAGGCUUCCUGGGCUGCAUCAGGACUCUGGCCAUCAGUGGUGUGACCUUAGACCUAGAGGAGAAGGCUAAGAUAACAGCAGGGGUGAGUUCUGGGUGUCCAGGUUACUGUAGUGGCUCCAACAGCCUCUGCCACAACAGAGGGAGGUGUAUUGAAAAGAGCAGCGGUUACAUCUGUGACUGCUCCCACUCUGCCUAUGGGGGACCCACUUGUAAACAAGAGGUGUCGGUGUCCUUCGACAGAGAGUCCUCGGUCACCUUCACCUUCCUGGAGCCCUUCUCAGUGAUGCGGAACAGAAGCUCCCAGGCCCCCAGUGUUUCCAGAGAAAGCAGCAGCAGGGCCAGAGAGGACAUGGCCUUCAGCUUCAUCACCUCCCAGAGGCCGGCCAUGUUGCUGACUGUCAGCACCUUCAGCCAGCAGUACAUGGCUGUCAUUCUGGCUAGGAAUGGGAGUCUGCAGAUCUGGUAUCACCUCCAGACAGACAGGAAACUGAUGUGUUCACCCCCACCCUCAAGAGUCUGGCAGACAGGACAACUCCACAGAAUCCAAGUUCAUCGAGAAGGGAAAAAUGUCUAUGUGCAAAUUGAUCAGGACAUCCACAGGAAAUACACACUGACAUCCAACACAGAACUUGCCUUAAUCGGAUCAUUGACAUUGGGCAAAGUCAUCAGAAUGGAGGAAUUCAGUGAGGACGUGAUGCAUGCAGGUUUGAAGGGUUUCAUUGGCUGCCUCUCCUCAGUUCAGUUUAAUCAUGUGGCUCCUCUGAAAGCAGCACUGCUGAAUCGAGGAAGCUCGCUGGUUACCAUCCGUGGUCCACUGGUUCAGUCAAAUUGUGGAGAGCUGGCAACCUCGCCACAUACUCUGCAAGAUCAAGUUGCCACAUCUAAUAAAGAGCAGCAUGGCAACAACUCCCAGAAUGGUUUGGCUCUAGUAGCAGGUGUGGCGACAGCGGUGGUCUUCAUCACAGUGUGUGUUCUGGCUGUGAUGACACGCCUCCUGUAUCAGCAGAGACAUGUCCAGAAGAACAACAGCAUCAAGCAGAAGGAGCACAAACACAGCAUGGACACAGACUACAGGAUAGAGCUGCAGCCCCACUCACAAACAGUAUGAAGGACUACAUCAGACCGCAUGAGGAAGGACUACAUCUGACCACAACGUCCGCUUCAUGGGCUGAACUUAUACUGUGCGUCUCCCAUGUAAAGGACUAACAGAUGGAUGAGAUGGAUUACUUACAUCCUCUAAUCUCUGUCUCCUGCAGGUCCUCCAGGAACACUACAGAAGAUGCUGGACGUGUUCCUUGUCUUAAUACUCCAGGACAAACAAGUGGCUCAAUCUUUAGCAGUGUAGGUGUGUUUGAUGCUGUCAGAGUGAAGCUACUGUUCCUAUUGUUGGAAGGUGACCAGGUCUGAAAGAUUUGCUUUGUUUUUUGUUUGUUUGUUUGUUUGUUUGUUUUUUCUUUUUAGUAGUGCUGGAUGUUGUAGAUGAAGAUGAGGACCCAACACUGCCUACUGUAUGAGUGCCUAAUUUGCAUGAGUUUCUAUAAGUUUUAUUGUCAUUCAGUUCUGCAACAUGCAAUAAAUCAGCCAGUUGAUUAUUAGCGAUGGAUGACUCUCACUAUGGUUUGGCUCAUAGACUGACAAACCUGAUAAAUGUGUUGAAGGUACUGUAAGUAAGAAUUUGGGACAAUUUACAUGUAAUAACUGCUUUUUUAUUGCCAAUGUGUGAAAAGCCUGUAACGUGACAUAAAAACACUGCACUAUUGUUAGCUUUGGAACUCUGUCAUCAUUACGAAAAAAACAGCCCCCAGCACAGGAAAUACUCCAACACAAACUCCAUGCAAGAACAAAAAAACAGAAAACUUUAUCUCAUUAAGCCCAUUAGGCCAAAUGUGAAUUGGAAGGAUGUCAGGGGGAAAUUAGGGUCAACAUCAUCAGGGCAUUUGAUUUAUGGAGGGACCUUCAUUUGGUUUUGGGGGUCAAAACCAACCCCAAGCUUGCUCUCCUAUUGGCCAGGUGAACUAACAUUACUGCAAAGUCUGUGAAAUGUAUUGUGAUACUGUGCUUUUAGCUGGCUAAUGCUUUCUAACAUCAGCUUGCCUGCUAAUAUGGACAAAUUAGUAGAAAAGGUGAAUUGAGUGGAUAACAUCUGCUAAUUCAUCCAAAUUCCCUGGGCUGGUCUGGCUGAUAAAUUGACAAGCCUGCAAUGGUUACUUCAACAGUGAACAAACUAAUGCUGGAUCCCUGUAGUGUAGCUAAAUUACAGCUAAUCUUUGCUUGUCUGCUUGGUAAUGUUAUCACCAUGGUUGGACUGCAACUCAUGCACCCUCAGCAAACACACAGUGAGGGCUGGUAGUGAGACUGACAGAGUUGGAACUUGGAUGUUCACGCCUGGCUACUUACGGACUGCAAGUAUGCGCGCAAGUGGACACAGGCUGCAGUUCAUAGGUAUCAGCAAUAACAAGGGUUUUUGGAUUUCUCUAUACAGAACCUUUAUGUUCUGUCCCAUUAGUAAACUUUGUUAACCUGAUUUUAUUAGGUCUAUUAUUUCUGGAGUUAGCCAGGCCAACAGUGCAGUCAAACAAAAGGCAGUUCUGCCACCUGUUGUUAUUUGUUCAAUACAGUAUAUUUAUUUGAGGAUUGCUGUUGUUUUGUUUAUUUUACACAAAAACAAUACUUAAACCCCACUCAGACUGGAUUUAUCUCUCUAGGGGAUGUGGGGUGCUGUGCUGCUCCUGUCUAGACCAUAUGUGCAUCAUAUUUCACGCCCACCCCAGUAAUAAAUGCAAUGACCUCCUGUUUUUUGUGAACCAGCUGCUCUUCAUGUCACUUAAAUCCCAACCAGAACCACAUCCUUCUAUUUUAAAUUGGAUAUCUAAGUUAGAGCUGCUUUUCCCUCUACUUUGUUCUUUUUUUGUUGUUGUUGUUUUUUAGAUCAACUUGACUUUUUGGUAAGAAUAGAGGAAGUCAAAUUAGGGAUUAAUCAUCAAACAUGUUAGCAACAACAUAUAGGGCUUUUUAUGAACCUAUUAAAACUAUCAGGAGAGCAAGAGUUCAUUGAAUGGUCUGUGAUAAUGUCACCCAUAGUUUAAUGCUGAUACUCUCUUCUGAGCAAUGUGUUUUUUGGCCUGUAUUUGCUUAUUAGAAUGUCCUCAUUAAAUGUUAGUGAAUUAUUGUAGCCAUUAGUAGCUUUGUUUGCAGUCUGCUCAUGGAUGCACAGACAACUAUCACUGCAUUACUGAGAUACUGAAGAAAACUUGAUAUGAGUGAUUGCUUCCAUGUUGUUUUAGUAGAUUUGUCUGUCCACAGUAAAAUACCUAAACAUCAUGAAAAUAGCUAAAUAACACAGCCCCAACCUGUGAAUAUACAUGUAGUGGGUUAUUGUUCCAAGACCAGCCUGUUACACCUCUGUUAAUUUUAAUUCUGUCUCAAUGGGACUUGGGUGCUUUCACUCCUGUAGUUCAAGAAAAAGGAAUUGAAAAAGGAUAUUUCAUCCUA